AUGGCGCUCAAAGUCCUUUCUGCUCUCGACUCGGCAAGAACACAAUACUAUCAUUUCAAGGCCAUAAUCGUGGCGGGAAUGGGGUUGUUCACUGAUGCUUACGAUCUGUUUUGCAUUCCUCCGAUCAUGAGACUCCUCGGCCGCAUCUAUUACGGUGAUAUCAAAAAAUAUGGAGGCGAUCAGCUUUAUGAAGUCUCGGCGGUGGUGACUUCUGUCAUGGUUGGCACGGCCCUCCUCGGGACCGUUAUUGGGCAGCUGGUGUUUGGAUACCUCGGAGACCGAAUAGGGCGGCGGCGCGUCUAUGGUCUGGCACUCAUGCUGAUGGUCUUGAGCUCCAUAGGGUGUGGAUUAUCUUUAAGCACAUCCAGGACUUUUGUCCUUCUCUCUCUUAUGUUUUUCAGGUUCGUGUUGGGUGUGGGGAUCGGCGGAGACUACCCAUUGUCGGCGACUAUUAUGUCGGAGUUCGCGAACCGGAAGACACGUGGUGCGUUCAUAGCUGCUGUUUUCUCCAUGCAGGGGUUUGGGAUUCUGGUGAGCUCCACUGUGACUAUGAUAGUUUGCGCUAUAUUCAACCGGGCAUCAAAUUAUCCGGAGCCAGAUCACACGCCGGAGUCGGCAGACCUGGCAUGGAGGCUUAUACUGAUGAUCGGUGCAGUGCCAGCGGGGUUGACUUAUUACUGGCGGAUGAUGAUGCCUGAGACUGCCAGGUAUACAGCUUUGGUGGAGAGAAAUGUGAUACAAGCAGCCAAGGACAUGCAAACAGUGCUAGACGUUUCAUUGAGUCAAAUUGCAGAAGAGGAGAGCCUACCAAAUCCACCAUCUUAUUCCCUUUUCUCCCAAGAAUUCCUUUGCCGCCAUGGACGCGACCUUUUUUCUUGCGCUGCCAACUGGUUCUUAGUCGAUGUCGUGUUCUACAGCAGCAACCUUUUCCAAUCCAAAAUAUAUGAAAAUGAUAGCUAUCUUCGGCCCAAGAACAAAGUAAAUGCAUUUGAAGACGCCUUUCAGUAUGCGAAACUCCAAGCAAUUAUAGCAAUCUGUUCCACAAUCCCGGGGUAUUAUGCGACUGUUUACUUUAUUGAUAGAGUUGGGAGAGUCAAAAUCCAAAUAAUGGGCUUCUUUUUCAUGGCACUAGGCAUGUUUGCAAUAGGAAUACCAUACUACAUAUAUUGGGACAGUCACGACAAUAUAGGAUUCAUGUUUUUGUUUGGUCUAACAUUUUUUUUCUCAAAUUUCGGACCAAACACAACCACUUUCAUUGUUCCGGCUGAACUUUUCCCAGCUCGGUUCCGAUCAACGUGCCAUGGGAUUUCAGGAGCUGCAGGGAAAAUCGGUGCAAUUAUUGGUUCAGUCGGGUUUUUAUGGGCUUCUCACAAUGAGAAAAAGAAUGGUUAUACUAAAGGAAUUGGAAUGACAGCCUCUUUGGUGAUCUUAGGUGGGAUUUGUAUUAUGGGAAUGAUUGUUACAUAUUUCUUCACUCGUGAAACCAAAGAAAGAUCACUUGAAGAGAAUGAAAAUGAAGAUGAAACCACUGGUUCAUACAUCUUGCGUGGCUUUACAAAUCCGUGCAUCUGUCGACAAGUAUCUAAUAAUCAAGUUAUUGAUGCUUAG